UAAAUGCCUAGUAUAUGUUUGAAAAUGUAAGCCUAAAGGCAAACACACCUCAUAGUUUGUAAUAUGGUGUAAUCAUUGCUAUCAGUGAUCCGUAAAGGUAUCUAAACAAUAGAAUUCAAGUGCAGAGGACAAAGAUAGUAAUCUAUUAAGGACCUCAUUUAAAAACAAGGACAGGAAAGCUAGUUAUUGUUUGUGAAGGGGAGAUUAUAUUUAACUUCCUGUAGUAUUUAUAGUGAACAUGUGUUUGAAGAUUAUAAGUUCUGACAUUAGUUGUGUAUUGUGUUGAUUAUAUGAUUAGUUAAUUAGGAUUUCAGGAAAUUGUUUACAAACAAUAGGAAUUAGCUCUUUGAAGCAUUUUAUACAACUAACACCAUUUAAUAGUGGUACAUUAAUCCUGAUAUAUCAUAAACAUCAACGUGGAUAAGUACUGUAAAUAUCAUAAUACAUCAGUUGGAUUAACACUGUAAAGUUGAUAGGAUUUAAUUGUAUGACAAUAGACAGAUUGUUGUGUUAAUCUGCACAUACUAUUGAUGGUUUGAUAAAAAAAUCUUUUAUAUCAGACUUACGUAAUGAUUUCUUGAAUGAAUUGUGCCAAGACUGAGAUCGGAUACACGUUUUAUUAAAAAUCUUCAAAACUGGUAUUUAUCUGUUUCAAGUCUCAGCAGAUAUUGACUUUGUUCUGAUCGUUGGACAGCAGUGGUGUAUCAGAAUUUUCAAUAACAGGCUUGCUAGAUUUUGUUUUCAGUAUUCAGUAAUUGAAUAUAUAAGAAAAAAUAUCAGUUUUCAAUUAUCAGGAUAAAAGUGACGUUUCUAGUUCACUUAUUGAAUGACUGUAGGAGAAUUAUAGCAUUCUGCUUUAUCCUACAUACCAUAAGAAACUGUUGACUUAAUAAUAUGUAAGAAAGCCUGGGGUCAAAUUGUAUUAAUUUUAUUCUUUAUAAAAAGGAUUAACUGGAAUACAAUUCAUGGUUUCUGGAUUUUAAAAUUUUAUGAUGUGAUCUAUAUUGUUAUAAACUGGUGACAAUUACUAUUAUUCUGUGGAUUUAAGUCCGACUUUACACAAAUUUUAUCACAAAACAAAUAAUAACUCAAUCUUUAGAUCACUGUUUCAAGGAUUUUAUUAUAAUAACUUGUACCUGUGUAAAUAGACCAAAACAAAUAUGUCUUCUUCUGAAGAAGAAAAAUCAAAUGUACUGUCGUCUGCAAGUGUGAUAAUGGCAAGACAUAAAAAGAAGAAAUGGAGGCAUAAAUUUGUUAGUGGACUAACAGGGUCUUCCAAAAAAAUUAAAAAAUUGAAAAAGUCUCGUUCAAUAAGUCAGUCCGUUGGAUGUCUUAUUGAGAGUACAACAAAAACAGCCUUAGGAGAUUUAAAUUCUUACCAUAAUUCAUGGGGUAACUUUGACACCCUAAGUGUAGGGAGUACUGGUCACAUGUCUGAUGAUGCCCGGAGUAUGGAUAGCCUGGAUAGUCGUGACAGUUUGGAUAGGCUCAGCGUACCUGUACGAUAUUCUGAUUCAGGCAUUCUUGAUUCUUCUCAAGAAUCCUUAUUAUCUACCGAUCGGGAUGAUGAUCUAAGCGAAAUUGGUUUACGACAAAGAAAGCAUUCCAUGCAACACCAUGCUUGUUAUGAUUUAGAAAUAAUUUUGAAAGAGGGACGAGAUCUGGUCAUAAGAGACAGCAGUGGAACUAGUGAUCCAUAUGUAAAAUUCAAAUUAGGAAAUAAAAUGUUACAUAAAAGUAAGACAGUGUAUAAAAACUUAAAUCCUCAGUGGAAUGAAACAUUUCACCUGUUAAUUGAGGACCUUUUCCAACCUGUACAGUUACAAGUAUAUGACUAUGACCGAGGACGAUUUGAUGAUCCAAUGGGAUCGGCUGAUAUUGAUUUGUCUCUGAUAGAACUGAAUGAAUCAUCAGAAAUAAAACUAGAGUUAUCAGAUGGUGGGAAAGAAGAAUACAUGGGUUAUCUCCUCUUACAAUGUACAUUAACACCUAAAACAUCCCCAUCAACGAGAAAAUCAAAGGCACAAAGAUGGUAUACACAGUCUAGUCGAGUCAAGAGUACAAGGAUGGGAGAUGCUGCUAAAAAGAUGAAGAACCAGAUAUGGACGGGAGUUGUUACAAUAGUUCUAGUAGAGGGUAGUAACCUCAUUGCUAUGGACGACAAUGGCUUCAGUGAUCCUUAUGUCAAAUUCAAAUUAGGAACCGAAAAAUAUAAAAGCAAGCAUAAAUUAAAAACCUUAAAUCCCCGUUGGUUGGAGCAGUUUGACCUAAGAAUGUUUGACGACCAAUCAAAUUUGUUAGAACUUUCUGUGUAUGACCACGAUUCUAGAGGAAGGGAUGAUUUUAUGGGCAGAGCUGUUAUAGAUUUAUCAGGAAUAGAAAAGGAAGUGACCCACACAAUAGACCAACCCUUGGAAGAUGAGGGAGGUAUAAUUAAACUUCUGUUGACAAUCAGUGGAACAGUUGGUACGGAAACGAUCUCAGAUCUCGCUAACUACACCUCAAAUCCAAGGGAAAAAAUAGAAAUCGUUAGAAAAUAUGGUUUAUUUAAUUCCUUUAAAAAUAUAAAAGAUAUUGGUUGGUUGCAGAUCAAAGCUUUUCGAGCUCAGGGACUUAUUGCUGCAGAUUUCGGUGGGACUAGUGAUCCAUUUUGUGUUUUAGAACUAGACAAUGCAAGAUUACAGACUCAAACAGAAUACAAAACACUUAAUCCUGAGUGGAAUAAAGUAUUCACAUUUAAUAUUAAAGAUAUACACUCAAUAUUAGAAGUUACUGUUUAUGAUGAAGAUCGAGAUAAAAAAGUGGAAUUUCUGGGGAAAAUAGCUAUUCCUUUGUUAAAUGUUAGAUGUGGUGAGAAGAGAUGGUAUACUUUAAAGGAUAAAAAGUUACUAAAUAGAACUAAAGGUGCUAUAAUGUUGGAAAUCGAUGUGGUUUAUAAUCCGGUAAAAAGUGCAAUUAGAACAGUAAACCCUAGAGAAGAGAAAUAUAUGAAGCCAGAACCAAAGUUUAAAAUUGCAACAAUGAAGAGAAACAUAGCUAGAGUAACACAGAUGGUUUCAUCAUUCACAGAAGUGGGAAAAUUUCUAAAUAGUUGUUUUGAGUGGGAGUCUAAACCUAGAACAAUCACUGCCUUUAUUGUCUAUCUUGUAGCAGUAUGGUUUUUUGAGCCCUAUAUGCUGCCUAUAACAUUAUUACUGGUUUUCUUAAAGAAUCUUGCCUUUUCUUCCAUGCAAACUGCUUUUUCUACAGAACCAGCAGAUAAUUUAUACGUAGAUGAAGAUGAUGAUGAUGAUGACGAUGAAACAAAAUUGGAAAAGGAUGAGAAGAAGAGUGUCCAUGAGAUAUACAAAGCUGCCCAGGAAGUAUGUCUCCAGGUACAACAAGGAAUGGACAUGGUGGCAUCGCUCGGGGAAAGGUUUAAAAAUACAUUUAAUUGGACAGUUCCAUGGCUGUCAACCUUUGCCGUUAUCCUGCUCAGUAUUGGUGCCGUGAUAUUAUACUUCAUACCAGUGCGGGUACUAGUUAUGCUCUGGGGUGUCAACAAAUUUACCAAGAAGUUACGAGCACCUAAUGCAAUACCAAACAAUGAGUUGUUGGACUUUUUGUCGCGUGUUCCUUCAGACAGUGAAUUGGUGCAAUAUAAAGAGCUUAGACCAGAUAUUCCUAACUUGAAGAAGAAGAGAUCUUGAAAUUUUGUGAAACCAUGUGAUAUUUCUACAGAACCAAUACUGAACAAUGGUUGUGCUACAUUUGCUCAUUUACUUUUAUACUAUGUUCCUCAAUGAACUCAAACUUGCUUAUUCCUUUUAUGUUUUCUUGAGACACAAGGACUCUUUUCAUAGAUAACCUUAAGAUUGAAAAUUUAUUGUUAAAUAUAGAACAAAUAGUUUGUUAGAAACAAUUUUUUUUCGUAGAUAUUUUGAAAAAGAUAUCCCUGUUGUAUAUGCUGUCUAACUGCUGGUUCAGUUUGCAAAAUUCUUUUAUAAAGAAUUCAAAAUUUCAAUAUUUAAAGGUUUUGUUUGCAUGAUCAGUAUUUUAAGUUCUAAACUGAAUAAUGUACAGUCAUAUGUUUUGUUCCCCCCCCCCCAAAAAAAAAGUGGAUUAAAUCAAUGUAAAUAAUUUUGUGACAUAAUUUUUUUUUCUUUUUUCUAUUAAUGAAAUAUUGUUGAUUUUAGCUGCAUACAAAUCUUAUCAUCUUGAUUUAUGGUCCUUUAAUUUAUCAUGAAGUCUUCUAUACAGAUCUGAGUUCGAUUAUACUGAGAUACUGGUAUUUGUGUUCAAGUAGAGAUGUUACCUCAAGACUAUUUAAUGGGUAAUUUUAAAAUUUUUGUGUUCCCCCAACUUUCUUAAUCUUGAAUUGUUAUUUAACAAAAAUAGUUAAUAUAUAAAUUAUUGGUUUAUUUUUUACUUAAGAUAUAAUUAAUAGAUAAUUAAUUCCAUGCAUUUUCAAAUUAAUUGUUUUGAUCUCUCAAAUACCAUUUUGUAUUGUAUGACAUGUCCCAAAAAUAUUUAUGCACUGUAUAUGUACAUUAUAUAAAAAAAUCCUAUUGGCAGCUUAAAUGGAAUCUCAUUCUGUUGUUCAGUAUCAACAAUCAAAGCACUGCUAGUGCUGUGAAGCAGUUAAUUGAAAACCAGCUACUAGACAUAGCCCCAGUUCUCUUUUACACAACUAGGUCCAUAUUUCAUAGAAGGCUGUAUAAUUUCUGAUCAGUCUUGACCAAUUAUACACAUAAUGAUAUUGUCUGGUUGCAGUACACUUCAUUUGUGAAAUAAGGAUAAAUUCAUAAGAAGUUGUAUAUUUAACCAUUAUCAAUGCAAUUCUUUGUAGGAGAUAUCCAUUUUAACCAUGUGUCUUAGUAGAUAUGUAUAUUGAAUAUUUUUUGUCAGUUUUUUACUAUGUUCCUUAUCUGUAGAGUGAGAUAUAUUGUUUUUGUCCUGUUCACUUGUUUGUUUGUUCAAACAAAAAGUUUGUCUGAGUGUAUUCUCCUAACUGAAUUUAACUCAAUUGCUUUAUGCCUUAUGCAGAUUUCCUUGAGAUAUAAAAUUGAUUCUUUGGAUUUUUUUGUGUAAUAAAAACUUUGGUUUUACCACUUCACAUAUAGCAAAGAUUGUUCAUGUAAAUUUCAUACAUUUUACUCUCAAACAGAAAUAGGACAUAAUUAUUUCAUAAUAUAAUCAUGUUUACAGUGCAUUUCAUCAAUUUUUUAACCUCAAUUUCUUGCAAAGGAGUUGAUAUCCAGUAUGUGUACCAAUUUAACAAGAGCAAGAUGGGAACAUGUGAUUUUGUGUCAAAUUUUUAAUUUGCAAUGUAAAAAUGCUAUUCAUACUAUUUAUUGCAUUAUUUUGUAUUGAGAUUAUUUCCAUUUUACAUAAUUCCCAUAUUAUUAUGUAUAAUUGAUUAUUUUGUAUACUAAAGUAUGUCUGUACUGCAGAACUCAUGUUAUCUACAUAUCUUAUUUAUGAUUAUUUUACUGGCAUAGGACAAUUGGGAUGACAAUUGCACUUCUGAUUAUUCUUUAUGUGUGGAAACAUAUAUUUUUUUGUUUCAACUAAAAUUCAAAGCAAUAACAGCGUAAUAAGCUUAAAUUUAUAAAACCUAAAUGAUUAUAUUUUGACAGCCUAUUAUACAAGAAAGGAAAAUAUUUCAGUUUAUAAUGAACAACAUACACUUGCAGAGAAAUCCUGAUAAAAUAACUCUCAAAUAGAUAGCAGAAUUAUCUUUUUAUUGGAGGUUAACAUAUUUGAUUAAAAGGAAAAUUAUUUUUGAAAGGAAUGAAUUCUUCCUAUGAUUACGUCUCAUUUCAUUAGUGAUGUAAAUAUCUCAGACUUGCAUCCAUUGACAUUCCACACUUUGAAGGUUGAAUGUGUUACCUCCAACCUGAACUAUAUUUAAGAAAAGAUUUGUUUAUAUCUUAUUUUUCUGGGUCUCAAUGGUGUAAUGAUUCUAAAGACUUAUUGCAAGGAGGUAUAUUUUUUUAUUUUUUUUAAAUUGCUGAAGAAAUUAAACAUCUUUGAAAGGAUAGGAUUUGAAAGAAUAUAGUUAGUUGAUGGCGGGGAGGGUUAAAUGAACUAAGCAUGCGGACCAGACUUAAAGUUUAUAUGCCAUCUAUAUGUUUUAACUACAUCAUCAUUGAGCCUAAAAUGGAAAAAUAAAAUAAAAUGCCCAAUAAAGUAUGAAGUUUAAUAUUAUUGAGAACCCAAAUUCCAAAAGAUUUUGAAAAAUACAGCUUAGGUUAUCUAUUCCUGGGGUAAGAAAUUCUUAGUAUUUCAAUAAAUUCAAAGUUUUGCUAACAGACGAUUUGUAAUUAUGACUAUAUCAAUGAUAAUUCAUGUCAACACAAGUUUUAAGAACAAACUUGUUAUCUAGUCGAGAUUCCAUAAAACAAAACUUUAUGAACUAAAGUAAAAACACUACCUCAUGAGAACAUAUUUAGUUUGUAAUAGUUAUCAUCUAUCUUUAUCUUUACUUGGUUUAUAUUAUACAAUUAAGUGCAAUUAAAGCUACUAAUCAAAUGUAAGAAAACAGUAUAGUAGAAUUAGUUUUGUUAUUAUUACUCAAUGUGCAAUAAUUUCUUUGACCAAAGUAUUAUGAGAGAAAAAAACAUUGAAAUGAAUUAUUGUAAGAUAAAGUUCUCCCGGUAAUAUAAUGAUAAUCCAAUUAUUUGUUUCCAAUUUUAUCUUGUUGGGGCCUCUUAUAGCCUAUAACAAAUGAUGUGUUUUGCUUUUUGUUGAUGGCCAUACAGUAAUCUGUAGUUUCUAAAAGUAACAUUGUUAAGGUUUUGUUAGAUAGUUGUCUCAUUGACAAUCAUACUAGCUCUCCUUAUAUUGUAUUGUAUAUAAAUUGGAGAAUUUCUAAAGAAGAUUCAUUUUAUGGCUUACUUUGUUCUGUAGAUUCAUCCAAUUUUUUUUCAAAUGCAUGAUUUACAUUUUCAAUUCCAAAAGCAAGACAUUCACAAAGUGUAAAUAUGAGCACAUGCUUCAGUGACAAAUUUAAACUGUAUUAAGUGGGAUUUUCAGAA